AAAAUUCCGGCACCCGCCUGCUGUAUUUCUGACUUCAAUCAAAAUUUUUUUCAAUUUGUGGAAGUGCUCGAAGCUUGUUUUGUCUUGUGUGAUUUGCUGUGGAUUUAUUCAAGGGAAUUGAAGCCUGGUGAAUUUACUUUUUCUGGUGCUAAUUAUUUUGGAGAGGAGCCUAUUAAAAGGAUUGCUUUGGUUUCUAAAAAUGUGGAUUGGUUCUGAGGUUGAUUCUGAUGUAUAAUUCACGUGUUGUGUUCAUUAGGUUCGUUUGUUUAUUUUUAAGUUAAAAAAUUUUUAAUGAGAUGGGUCUGUUGGGCUUAAGGAGUUUGGUUCUUUCUCCUUUCCCUUAUGGAUGAGGGUCCUUCGAGUAGUUAGGUGGGUCCUUUCUUUUACUCAAGUUAGGGUGGUGACCCCUUGGGUUAAUCUCUUUCAUACAUUGCUGCUUUUUUAUUUUCUUGUUAGUCUCUAGAAGUUUCUUCUCUUUUUCUUCAUGGGUAAUGGUUCGUUUUUGAGUAAUUUUGGCGGAUCCGGAUACGAAAAAAGGGCCAGAUAUUCCGAAAUUUUUUGUUCUAACGAUUUCCCAGGAUUUUUUCCCAUUUCCCAAGAUUUCUCAGGAUCUGCCAAACUUAUUUUCGACUAG